AUGUCUCAAAAGAUUGGCCAUUCCGCUUUAGCUUUUGGUAGAUUAUGGCAUCAUGUAAAUGUUGCACAAGAGGAGAGAACUUUAGGUAGACUUGCGUCCUCAAUUGCGAUAGCUUUGAUAGGUAAACACAAACCAGUAUAUCAUCCUUCUGAAGAUUGUGGCGAUUACGUAGUUGUCACGAAUUGUCAACUGCUGAAAGUAACUGGUAAGAAGAUGAGCCAAAAAAAUUACUGGUCUCAUAGUGGUAAACCAGGUCAUUUAAAACUUGUUCCAAUGGAAAAAUUAAUUGCAGAUAAGGGUACUAAAGAGGUCUUAAAAAAGGCAGUAAGCGGAAUGUUGCCCAAGAAUAGACUUCGUAAGAUAAGAUUAGAGAGGCUAAAAAUAUUUGAUGGAAGUGAACAUCCAUAUAAAAACAACAUCAUGGCUUUUGCAAAAGAACAAUCACAGAUCAAGUCAUCAACUAACACAGAAACCAAUUCCGUAAAACAACCAUGA